AUACGGAGUGAAAGGGCUAAGAAAGUGACGAGGGCUCGAUGUAGGGGGGUUUUCAAGAAGGCUCGAGAAUUGUUUUCUAAUUUUUUUUAAAGAGUGGCACACCAAAGAUUUCCAGAAGACACAGCCAAAAUGCUCUGCCACGUUACUCGUCCGGAUUCGGUGGUGAUGGAAGUGGAAGUUGAUGCGAAGGCGAACGGUGAAGACUGUCUGAAUAAGGUUUGCCGGAAGUUGGGCAUAAUUGAAGCGGACUACUUUGGGCUGCAGUUCACAGGCAGCAAAGGAGAGAACCUGUGGCUGAAUCUGAGGAAUCGAAUCUGCCAGCAGAUGGAUAGUGUGACGCCGUGUCGACUGAGGCUGCGGGUCAAGUUCUUUGUGGAGCCCCAUCUCAUUCUGCAGGAACAGACACGACACCUCUUCUUCAUGCACGUGAAGGAGGACCUCCAUAACGGUCACCUCCGUAUGGGCUCAGAACAAGCAGAGGAGCUGAGCGCACUCCUGGCACAGGCCGAGUUUGGCGACUACAACCAAAACACAGCCCAGUACUGGUACUCAGAGCUGUGUGGAGAGGAGCCCAGCACAGCCACUAUUGACAGUAUUGUAUCCAGACAUAAAGCUCUAGAAGGUUUGAGCCAGGGCUCAGUGGAGUAUCAGGCCCUGCAGCUGGUCUCCUCUCUGGAGCACUACGGCGUGGAGUGGCACUGGGCCCGCGAUGCAAAUGGGCAACGGAUGGCUAUAGGAGUCGGCCCAGAGGGCAUUGCCAUUUGCAAAGAGGACUUCAGCUUAGUCAACAGAAUAAGCUAUCCCGUCAUUCAGAUUGCCACCCAGUCGGGGAAAAGUGUGUAUCUGACAGUUACCAAGGACACGAACGACAGUGUGGUGCUUCUGUUCAAGCUGAUAAGUAACCGAGCAGCCAGCGGUCUGUACCGGGCCAUCACAGAGACCCACGCCUUCUACAGGUGUGACACAGUUACAAAUGCAGUGAUGAUGCAGUACAGUCGAGACUUCAAGGGCCACCUUGCUUCACUCUUCCUCAACGAAAAUAUCAACCUGGGCAAGAAAUAUGUUUUUGACAUCCGGCGCACUUCCAAGGAAGUGUAUGACCACGCCCGUCGCGCACUCUACAACUCUGGUGUCGUGGACCUGGUGUCCCGCUCCGGCAGCGGGGAACGCUCCUCUCCCUCGCGCUCCCCAAGCAGGGACAACCAACAGGACGAGGGGCUGGACUGCGGCAGCUGCCAGCAGAGCCGAGCUCUGCAGGAGAGGCUGCAGAAGCUCAGAGAGGCUCUGUUGUGCAUGCUGUGCUGCGAGGAGGAGAUAGAUGCUGCGUUCUGCCCCUGCGGCCAUAUGGUGUGUUGCCAGACCUGCGCAAAUCAGCUUCAGUUGUGUCCUGUGUGUCGAUCAGAGGUGGAGCACGUGCAGCACGUCUACCUGCCCACCUGCACCAGCCUGCUGAACCUGACGCUGACCGACAACCACAAACACCACAGCAACAUCCCAGCACCCAUCCACAGAGACACGGCCUCUCCUCACACCUGCUCCACCACCGAGUAUGAACAUAAGAUCUACCACACAUAAAGGCAACUCCCACUAAAGCCACCAAACUCCAUUACAAACACUUUGAAGCUGUACCAGCCGGAUCAUGGUUUCAUAAAGAAGGAACAUUUCUCGUCCCUCUGUGUUUCCUGCCCGGAGCUACCAAACGCAUAGGAACUCUGAGCAUAAUCAAAGAUCAACACACUCAAACCACUCCCUCAACUAGUGUGUGUGUGUGUGUGUGUGUGUGUGUGUGUGUGUGUGUGAUUGUUAUUUCUUUGUGUAGUUGCUUCUGAAUAUUUUUUAUUUUUUUUUGUGUGCAUCAUUCUGUCCAAAUCUUGUUUGUUUUAAACAUCAUUAUCCCCUGCCACAACAUGGUUUUAGAUUAGGCUCUUAUUGUCCUUGUUCAUUAAAUUAUUGCAUCAGUUGACCUGAUACAGAAUAGAAACAUUGUUUUAUUUUUGAAUUAUGCUUUUUUUAUUUGUUGUUUUGCUCGUUUUUCUUUGGUCCAUAUCAGGCUCCAAGCCUCACAACCCGAACCAUAUGAUGAACUGUGUUUUACAAUAGCUAAACACUGUGUGUAAUGGUUGAGUCUUUUUUUUCUUUUUUUUCUUCUUUUUUUCAUUUACAAAGCAUCCUGACAUUUUAAAACUUAUGUUUGAUUUGAGCUGAAUUUUUAUGGUGUAACAGAGUGAAAUGCAUUUUUAUAUAUUUUAUUUUAUUGUUUGUUUUUCAUGUUCCAUGUUUUUCAUGCCAAUGAGGAUGUGUUUAGAGGCUAAGCAGCACUGCUCUGGGUGUAGCACUGCAUUAUUAGACAUAACAGCUCUCUUCUUGUAAUCACGGGGUCGAGUGGGGGUCUUGAAGGUUUUCUUUAGCCCACCAGAACUGUAUCUUACUGACACUCCCUCAACCUCUCACACUUCGAAACGGGUCUUGAUGAUUAACUGCCACUUUGUCCAAAACAACAAGCCUUAAUAGGCUGCUGCACCUUUUUACAUAUGUGUCUCCAUGCCAACAGAAAGGUAGAAAUUAAGAGCACUAAAAGCCUUUUCUUAGUAGACACAGAACUGCAGUUAUUUAUGGAAAAAGAAAUAGGAAUUUGUCCAGAAGCAGCUGCUUCCUCUGAAAACCUCAGCUAUAAAUUUCUUCUCUGGGUGUACUAGUGACUUCCUUUUGAUAUUUUAAAGGGUACUAGGAGAUCUGCCUGUGCAAUACUUGCUUGCUUUUUGAAAAGCUUCUCACUUUCAAGUUUUAUUUAAUUUCAAAGACUAUUGAGAAAGAGAGAGAGGGAAAAAAAGAAAAUUACAUUGUCACUUUAUCAAGGAAGUUUUCCAUGUGUCUGUAGGGGGUUUGGCCUUAAUGUAGCAGCAACACUGUUUAUUAUAAACUUUCCACAGACUUUUUUUUUCUUUUUCUGGCAAGAAAAGGAAAACUUUAUUUCUUUUAAUGCUGACUCGAUUAAGCUCAGUCACUGCAGGGGAAGGACUUUUUUUUAUUUUUUUUUUUGUUUUUCAUGUUGUACCAGUAGCGAUUUGUUUCUGUUUUCUGAAGCAAAAGCCACUAUGCUCUGUAAAAUAACUCUUAGAAUUAAAUCUUUUUUUUUUAUAUAUAUUCUGCUUUUAACAAA